CGGUGUGUAUUCUUCGCGCUCCGCUGCUGCUGAAAACGCGCCACACAACAAACACUCUUGUGCGCCCGGUCUGGGGCAUCGGCAUCCUUUCUGGAAAGGGCCAAGUUUUUUGGGUUAUCGAGAAAGACCGCGAACACGUGCAAGGUAACAAACUAAAGAAACAUGUGAUUUGUGCGAACUGCUUUACACCACGGAGAUUUGCGGUGGGUAGCGUGCUAAUUUGGCGAGAAUAAAUCACAACUCGCGAUGCAGUACAAGUUCCCAGUGUGGCAUAAAGCAAAUAACAACGUUUACAGUAUUGCUGACCGGUGAGUUUGUGAAAAUAGAGCGUGAUAAAAAGAAACACAAAGUGAUAAAGUACGAAAAUUCCAACAGUAUCAAAGUGUUCUACAAAAUUUGCGCGCUAAUUGUUUAGUGAAUGAUUGAAUGAUUGAAAAAAAGAAGUUUUGCAACGAUGUAAGCCGGCGUUGAGUAAAUACGCACACAAGACAAAGGUGAACAUAAAAUAAGUGAAAAGGUUGUCAACGCACAUAGCAGAAGGCGAAACACGGCAUAAUGCACCCGCGUUUUUCGUUAUCGGCUUUCCUAUUGUGUCCGAGCGUUAUCGGCUUCUUGUUCGCGAUGGCUACUGUUGUGCGAAGCAGUUAGUGUGACCGAUCUCUGCAUCUUGUAUUUUUUCCUGCAUCUGUGCUGUGCUGUGCUGUGACCCGCAUGGCGAACGCGCUUUCCAACCGGUGAUCGCUCCGAACUACAACUACCGACCGACCGUUUCAACAGCACCCGUGAGGAAGCGGUAGCAGUUGGGAAUAACGCGAACCAACGCCAUCCUGCUAAAACCCGGUGCGAACGUACUGUCCGCCUGUCCAUCUUCCAUGGUUCGAUAGCACAAAAGGCGCGAUCCAGCAUACCGCGUACCCGGUACAGUCACAGUAGUAGUAGUAGUAGUGUGUCACAUUUACGCACUACACUGUAUAGGUGGGGAUCGCGUUGUGGAUAGAUCAUGCGAUAGAAUAAAGCCGAUGCGUGCGAAAAGAAGUUCACCCCUGCAAAAAGGACUCAAGACACACACGGUUGUACUGGCACGCAAUCAGCCGUAAGCUACGCGCCAGUUUGGAAUAAAAGUAUUAGUGACAAAAUAACAAAAGUGGCUACUGACGGUUCGCUUUAAUAUUAACGUGCGGUGUUUUGUCCCCGGUGUUCACGCGCAGGAGCGCAUUGAAGUGUUGCUAAAGCAUAUUCCAGAUCCGUGCAUUUAGCAAACAACUAAAUACAAAAGUACGGGCGAUCAAGUAAAUUAGAGAAGCACCGUGUGUGCGGAUCGCAUUAACGUGGUGUGCGUGUAAAGUUCAGUUCCGUAAGGACCCGUGCCGGGGUCAGUGGAGGGCAUAACGGUGGAGGUAACCAGCGCCACCAGUAGUGUCCACGGGCUCGAAGGUACCGGCUUCGUACUGGCCCGCAAUCGCCAACAGCAUCCCCAUCAUCAUCACCGGCAACGCCAUCGCCUGCACGAUCAGCGGCAGCACCCCGCGACGACGCACGCCAGCAACGCAUCCUCCACCUCACUGGCAACCGAAAGGUUAAUAACGUUCGGUAAAAUUAGGAGAUACCGGGAAACGAGUGCCGCCUCACCAUCGUCGAGGACGUCGCCGGCAACGCCAAGUGCACAAUCGCUUCUGAUGAUGAUGAUGGCCACUGCGACGAAGGGCAAACGCCCGCUCCGUCACCUCACGGCGACGGAUAAAAUCGACGCGAUCCAGCGUAUUCACGACGGUGAAUCGAAGGCGUCGGUAGCGCGGGACAUCGGCGUGCCGGAGUCGACGCUGCGCGGCUGGUGCAAGAACGAGGAGAAGCUACGCUACAUGUCACGCCAGUCGGUGGAAAACGCGGAAAAGCUUAGCAACGAGGCAACGGCAGCCGCUCUAACGGCGGCCGCCGCUGCCGAGCUGUUCAGCGGACCGCCGGAAAAGCGGCUGAAGCUAGAGUCGGCCAUGUUUGGCGGCAAUGGCAAGCUCAAGUAUGACGACAGCUUCUACAAGGUGGCGGCCGCCGCCCGUGGCUCACUUAACGGGCUCGAUCUGUCCGGUGGUGGCGGUGGCGCUGGCAGUGGAGUCGACAAAACGGGUCCGCUCAGUGUGUCCGGUGGGGACAUUAUCAUGAACGGGUUGACCGGCGCUUCGGCGGCCGACUUUAGCCAGUUCGCGAAGACGGCGGCCGAAAUUACGGCACUCAGCAAAUCGAAGGCGUACGGUGCGGAUCUCAGCAAACACCAUCACCACGGCGGCGAUCCAACCAAAUCCGAUCACCACCUCUCGAUGGCGGCGAUCAGCCCGCUGACGAGUCUCAGCCAUCUGUCCGGCAUGUCCGGGCUGGGGCAGAGUCCGCUAGCGCUUAGCUUCAACGAUAUCGCCACCAAUCUGAAUCUGAUCGCACAGCUCAACAACAAUCACAACCUUGCGACCAUGUCCAGUUUGGCCGGUGGACUCAACACGGCGGCAGCUGCAGCGGCGGCCGCUCAAUCGCUGCGCAACGUCCGCCCGAAGGGUUCCGGCAGUUCGGCGGCCAACAACAACGGUGCCGGUGGUGGGGCAGGAAAUGGUCGAGGUAGCAGCCUGCAGGACAACGGUAACGGUGGAGGAGGCGGAGGAGGAGUAGGAGCAGGUGGUGCAUCCGGUGCCGGACACAAUACGGACAAGUCGUCGUCGGGUGGCAAUGCGACCGUUCCCUCGCUGACGGUUCGCAAUCUGGCCAAGCUGCAGCAGCAGAAAAGCUCGUCCGGCGAGCUCCUCGGUAACGGUAUGCUUCACCAACAGUCCCACGCUGCUGGCUUAUCUAAUCUGUCUGAGCAGUAUAGAAAAUCCAGUAACCAAUCUAGCAAUCCCGCCACUAGUACACCCACUACAACAACUACCAAUGCUUCCGUAGGUCGUGACUCGAAUGCCGCCCCCGUCGACGAUGCGCUCUGGUACUGGCUCAAGUCUCAGCAGGCGAUGCUCGGUCUGAACAAUCUGUACACGGCGUUACCCCGCACAGCCAGCCACAGUCCACCGACGCCGCCUCCGCCGAUGGGACUCACAGCAGUGACGGUCGGUGCAGGAUCCCCGAACCACGCGCAGACGACACUACCGCCGACGGCACACACACCACACACACCGCCACCACCGCUAGUGGGUCCACCGCUCGUCAGUACACCCCAACCAACGCCACCAUCGUCGGCACCUUCGCUUACACCGGAGGAUACGAAGAACUCGUCCUGGUUCUGGCAGUGGUACAAAACCUUCGGCGCUUCGCUAAUGCCGGGUGGUGGUGGUACGGCUGGAGGGGCCGGCAACACUGCGGCUGACAGCAAGCAACACCUGCGGGAACAGCAGCAGCAGCAAGCCGCCCAACAGGCAGCAAUUGCCGCCGCACUGCAUCACCACAAUAACAACAACUCGCUCAGCCAGCAGAACCAGAACAACAGCAUCUCCGGUCCGAAGGGCAACGGUGGUGCGGCAGCAACGGCUGCUUCCCUGACGGCGGCCUACGAGAACAUCCUGUACUCGCAGUUGACCAAGGGUUCAUCGGCGAACGCGGUCGACACGCUCAACAACAAUCAUCAUCACCAUCUCAAUCAUCAUCUCACUGCUCAUCUGAAGAACGAACCGAUGGAUCUCAAUAUGAGCGGUGCGAACGAUGUCGAAUCGAAGCCAGAAGAUCUUUCGAACCAUCACGGUGGCAAUGGAAAGGAUCGGAGCAUUGUUAUCGGAAAUGGAGAUAUGCGACGAUCGCGAUACCAUCUUAACUCUCCCAGUCGACCUUCGUCGGCCUCAUCGGUGGCGUCUUCUGCGAUGAGUGCGCAUGGAUCGCGGGACGGAGGCGAACGCUUGAUGCCACCGACCCUGGCACGUGCUUCCGAAGAUCGCGAAGAGGACGAAGCAGCCGCUCUCGAUGACAGUGAGGAGCGUGAUUUAAAAUCAUCCAUUGCCAUAGCAGUGGAAGCCACAUCCAGCGAUGGAGUGGACGAGAGUGGUCUCAAAGCAGAGGUCGAUGAAGAGGAGGAAGACCGGGAGGAUCGUAACGAUAAUGAUCAGCGUGUGACUGAGGACGAGGAGGCAGUUGCUCUGGAGGAUCAGGAACAGCUGUCGGAGAAGGAGAGAAAGCGUCAAGGCUUGAAACGACGCAGAUGUUCUUCGGCGGAGCUCGUCGAGGCGAAGGAAGCGCUCGAUAAUAUUCUGUUCAGCGGCAACAGUAACGACCGGUGCUCCACUGUCAGCAGUGCAGCCGCAUCUCCACCACCACCACUGCUGCCAAUGGCCGUUCGGGAACGUUCAACCAGCCCGAUGGCCGGUGCAACGCUCGAUGGUGAGCACAACGGCGAUGCGGAUGCCAAGGGCGAUACGACCGGGGACGAUGCGAAGAGCGAAACAUCGGACGACUCGAAUCACCACCAGCGCCAAUCGAAGGUGGCGUCCGUAGCCGUAGCAGACAUCCGCAACUCCGCCGAGGCAGUGGAACACGGUGAAAAGUUCCUAAAGUGGCUCGAAGCCUGCAGCGACCCGAACGUGACCGCAAUACAGGUGAUGCAGUUCAAGUACCUGCUCAACAGUAUCAAGCUGAGCGCCGAGCGGCAACUGCAAAGUGCCGCGGCGGCCAGUACAUUGACCGGCAACGGUCCCGAAGAACGCACCCGCAUCCGGAAGCGCAAGUAAAGCAGAAAGUCCUGUCGAUUGAAAUGGAACCUCGUACGGGAAUCGUUUCGUGCUUGAUGUUGUACAUAAUGAUGUAUGUCUGCCCAGCACGUGUGCCGUGUAGGAUAUUGUUUAGGUUUAUUCUAGAGAAGGGCGGCAGGGCAGUGGGUUUAUAUUUUUACCAUAAAAUAAACACCCUUUCUAUUGGGUGAGUAUUUGAAAGGUACUUGCCACGCCUAGCCACAUCAGGGCGAUCUACGUUAAGUAGUUAAAUUUUUUCAUUUUUAUACAUUCCCCAACAAAAGAAAAGCUUCAAUCUAGAAAGGACAGAGUGACUUUAAGAUAUUUUUGUUCUUUUCGUUAAUUUUCCCGAGUUGCGUCGUGUCGAAGCUCGACGUUUUAUACAUUCCCUUGAAUAGUGAGUUUUUAUUUUAUACCACUACGACUGCCCAUAGGAAAAAUUACACUUAGAUUGAAUUUCUAGCUGCAAAAUGGAUCUUCCGUUUCCUCCUUUUUCUGUCUCAUACUUCGUAUUUUAUUAUAAUGUAAUUGAUCUGUUAUUUCAUCUUCUGUAAUGGGCUCUUGUUAAUAAGUUUGUAAAUACGACAGAGCACAAAGUUCAGCAGACGGCGGGGGAACUUCGGUUUAAAAGCAAAAGAAACUGGCCAAAGCAAACAUUACGUAGGUUGGAUAUUAUUAGUAAGACAUUCUGAGGCGCCGGAGCCGGGACAGGAAGUUAAUCGUACCCAUUUCCCCAAACCUAGAUGGCAGGCGAAUAUAACCAAUAUGAAAGUCCAUCUAUAACCGAUCAUGAUGAAGAUGCCAAAUGUACAACACCUCUUAGAAUGCACAAUAACUUAUGUAAUUGAACGAAAGAUCGCGACCCCGUAGCAGAAAGGAAAAACACUGGUAGGGUAAGAGUAGCACUGCAAAUACUAUCUGCUAAACGGAGAACUGUGUUAUUUCCACCAAUCAAUUAAGCUUCCCGGUUGGAAGUGUGGGCCGUUUUCUGCAUUUAAGUUUACGCGCAACGAUCUCGUAGAGUAUGUUUUAUCGCUGUUUUUUUUCAUGUCGGAUAAUGGAGAAUCUUAUGCUCUCACGCACUGAAUGGAUGUUCUUAGGUGUGUUUUUUGCUGAAACAUCAACAUGAAAUCGUAAACUAAGCAAACAUAUUUCAAUCUCUAAUCGGUAGUAAACAAAAAACGGAACACUUUUAGGCCAAAAUGUGAAAGCAAAAAGAGCGCGAAGGUGCACAUUAGUAACAAAAACCGAGUAAGGCAAAGAUUUUGAAAGCACAAACUAGCCACGAUCAACCUAUAUUGCCGAUCAUAGAUAUCUGCAAAGGUAGUACCGUAAAGAGAAAAUCAAAAUCCUGUGACGAAUUGUAAAUGUGCAGUAUUCCGUUCCCUCAGAUCAGACAAAUAUAUGUGUAACGUCGUUCGGACCGUCGACGGAGGGAGCAAAAACUGGGGGAAUAUUCGACAAAAAGGGUUAGAGUCAAAAUCAGCGCUAAACAAAUUGAGAAGACAAAGAUAUAUAAUUAUAUAUAUAUACAAACACCCAAUUCUAUAUAUUUAGGCGAAAAAAAAACAAAAGGACGAUUCUGGGCGAG